UCAUUCACUUCUACCUGAGACUCACCGGAGCUGCACGCGUUGUCUGGGCAGGAGGACUCUCGCGGGGAUUUUAACAUUUUAUUUAAAAAAUAAAAAAUAAAACUCUGAGCAGCUUCCGGUUCGACACAUUUCAGAUAAAAACUUCAUCUUUUUUAUUUUUAGACGUUAUUUUGAGGACUCCCGGUUCAGGUCUGAUCCAGUUUCUACUUACUCUCUAAUAUUUUACUGUCUGAGCUAAAUCUGGAGGUUAAACGGGAUCCGGAUCAGAACCAGUAAGUGGACUAAGGAGGACCAGGACCAGGACCAGGACCAGGAGGAUGUCCCGGGCGGACGAGCGGGAAGAGGCAGACUGUGUGUGUUCGGUCGGAAUGAAGUUAACAUGGGACAUCAACGACCCCAAAUUGCCGCAGGACACGAAGCAGUUUGACCUGUUCCAGGAGUGGACAGAUGGUUAUGUCCGCUACAUCUACAGCGCUGAGGAUAAAAAUGCUCAGCGCCACCUGUCUGGCUGGGCGAUGAGAAACACUAACAACCACAACUGUCAGAUCCUGAAGAAGUCCUGUCUGGGGGUAGUAGUCUGCUCACGAGGCUGCACGCUGCCGGAUGGAUCCAGACUACAGCUGCGCCCCGCCAUCUGCGACAAGGCCCGGCAGAAACAGCAGAAGAAACUGUGUCCGAGCUGUAACGCCGGUCUGGAGUUGCUGCCAUGUCGCGGUCACAGUGGUUACCCCGUCACCAACUUCUGGAGAGUUGAUGGAAAGGCCAUCUUCUUCCAGGCUAAAGGGGUCCAUGAUCAUCCCAGACCAGAGUCCAAGUCUGAGACUGAAGCCAGAAGAAGUUCAGUGAAGAGACGAGUCAGUUCCCCUCCGUUCACACCUAAAAGACGACUGAUCGAAACACAGGCUCUGGGUCCCACCCUCCUCUCCUGCGUCGAACCAGCAGACAGAAUCUCCUUCAUUGAACCAAACUUCCCGCAACAUUACCCAGCAUUCCAGAGCCCAGAGCCCUACUACAACCCUCACAAUGCACUGGGAGAGACCCCGCCCACACUGCAGAAACCAGCCAAUCCCAGGCUUUACAUGGGACGGCCCGGCUAUGAGUUUCAAGGAUACCUGACCUCACCUUCGUAUCCUGUGACCUCUGACCUCUGUGACCCCAGGGUGGCUCCUGUCUUGGGUUCCUCCUCAUCCUCAUCUUCGUCGUCGGCUCCUCUGUCCUCCUCGUCCUCCUUUGACCCCCCGACGAAACCUCCUCCAGGCUGGAAGGAGCUGCUGAAGAGCUCCGCCCCCUAUGGCGACAACCACCAUUACUAUAGUGCCGAGUACCCGUGCCGUUACCCUGGCAACACCCCGGGGUCCCCCGCAGCCCUGCAGACCAUCAUCACCACAACAACCAAGGUCUCCUACCAGCCCUGUCCCAAGCCUCCUGCAGCGCUCCCGCCUUAUCAGUCAUGUCCAAAACCUCCAGCCGGCCUCCCAUCCUACCAGCCGUGUGCUCCCCCAAAACCUCCGGGCCUCCCCGGCUGCUCCUCCCUGCUGGACGACACCUCCUCCUCCUCGUACUCCACGGAGGUGAAGGUGUCCGAGGAGUCGGGUGGAGUCAUCAAGUCUCUGUCGUUUCAGCCCGAAGCUCUGCAGACCAAAACAGAGCGGGCUGACGGCUACGACUACCGCUACACCUACCCCAACACGUACCGCUACGACGACUACUGAUGCAGCGCUACCUCCACAACGUUACGACAACGACUGUUACCACAAUGACUGUUACCACGACUGCUGAUACUGCUGAAGAUACUGUCUCUAUAACCACUGCCGUCAGGACUGAAUUGUCAAUCAACACAGACCCUUUUCCAUCGCCUCCCUGUAGCGCCCUGUUCAGGACAAGAGCGGCCAGCAGGAGGUCUCAUAAACUCAAGGCCCAACUUACUGUUUCUGUGGCUUUCAGUCACAUUUUGUGGCCUUUCUCAGUGAGUGGAGCUAAGUGAUGUGCCACUUCCUGUCAGGGUCCCCAACAACUUCAUGUGCCACUUAAUAACUAAAUAACUCCAUCUGCUGAGGAAGACUCUGAGGUGUGGCUGAAAGCUUCAACAGUGAAUAGACUAAAGUGUGAAGCUGAUCAGGAUUUUGAACCAGGUCUUCAUUUUAAAAACCGGUUUCUGUAAAACUAUCACUCAUUAAAUGAUGUUUCUGUUGUUUGGGUUAUUUAUUGAAGCAGUUAGACCUCCAACCACACUGAACCUGGACUGAAGUGGGCUGAUAUGGACUGAAUUAAUCAGUUGUAUUGGUACAUCAAAGGAGGAUCCAGAACCUGUUAAUUAAAAACAGGAAAUACCAUUUAAACAAUGUCAAAACCGACAGAAUUAAAAGUCUGUAAAAGUCUGUGGGUCCUUUAACGUUGUUUCUGGAUGAAAUAAAAAUGUUUGAGAAGCUCUGA